CCCAAGAGAAAAUAACUCGAAGUUAUUCGAACAAUGUUCGCCUUCAUCAAAUCCCUCAUUCUGUUCGGCAUUCUUGCCGCGUCUGUGCAUGCUCAGUGGAUCUAUGUCGACUAUCCCGCGGCAGGGACAACUGUCAGUGCUGGCAGCAACAUCACCGUCCUCGUAGCCCAGCCCGUCCCCGCAACCCCGUCAAUAGAAGUCGGCCUCGCGAUCUGUCUCAAGUCAUGUGCGGGAUACAGCGACGGCUGCGCAUCGUUCGACACGACGCAGCAGCUCGGCGAUAUCCUGUACAUAGGACCGUACGACCCUGUGUACCACUCGACGGAGUGGCCGCCGUAUCAAAACUUCACGGUACAGAUCCCGGCGAGCAUGUCCGCAGGCGAAGCGUCCCUGAGCGCGACCCAUUUGGCGCUUAUUGGCGCUGGCCCUGAGCCUUUUAUGCAAGUUGGGAACGAGACUAUCAUUAUCGCAUCAUAAUAUCCGAGCGACCUCAAGAAUGGUGUCGAAGGGUUGCUAUCGAUUGCUACCUAGGCCGCUCGUCCCAAUACUUUUAUGAUCGUGUUAUGGACAGUUUUGCUGUCUCUAGCUCAUUUGUAUAUGUACGCGUUUGACAGUUGCGACCCUCGUAUCAUGGUGGAUUUCAUUGUACAUCAGUAUCUAGUAACGUUGGACGGUUGUAUCGGAACUUGCGGUAUCACACUUACUUCAGCGGCAUCUCAAUAUAAAUCGGAGAGCCAGACAUUCCUGGCUUCACAACACCCAUCUGUCCUCUUGAAGGCGAC